AUGCCAUUUUACGCGAGACCUAAUCAGUUACAGCUGGACAACCGAGGAUAUUACAUGGAUCGCCGUGGUUUUUACGUGUGUUAUUGUGAUGGUUCAUCCUUCAAUAACAAUGAUGCUCGUCGACAACUUUUCUCUGGCUAUGGUUGCUUUUUUGGGCCAGGUCGUGCCAUUUCUCAGCAUUCCGACUUCGACGACCGAUACUCCAACACAAACAAUUUCGCCGAACUGUUUUCAAUUGUUAUGGCUCUCCGUCACGCGGUAAAAUUCGGCUUGUUUUACGUCCAGGUUCGCAGCGACUCGACUUGGUGUGUAAAUUGUUUGAAUGGCGAAUGGAACCCAAACUGUCAUCUCGACUUGUUUGACGAAAUCCAGUAUCUCUGUGGCUGCUUGAAUCAGGUGGAAUUCUGUUUUGUUAGAAGAAAUUCUGAGUAUGGACAUCAACAGGCGAACGAAUUGGCGCAACGCGGAGCUUCGAGACACCAGAAUCGCUUCUACGCAAACUAG